ACCAUUCCAUUUUCAGCACACUCAAGAAGAACCUCAGGUACCGGUGUAAGCUCCCGCUCCUAUUUUUCUUCUUCGAUUUUUGGUAAAGUGUUUGGAGGAUUAGCUUCUUGUUCUUCUUCAACGGAGAUCCUUGAUGCGGGAAGGAAAUCUAUAACUUCAGGCUUUUCAGCUUUCACUUGGUUUUCCCCUAAGUUUUUGGCGUGACGAAUAUCUUCCUCGAGGGAUGAAUCUAGGGACGAAAACUCAUUUGCCAUCGUCAAGUUCUCGAGCAGUCAAAUCAAACCACGAAAAUUUUGCUGUAUUAUGUUGUUAAUCUCAUAUUUUUCCUUUUCGGCCAUCAGGAAAGCAUUCCUGCUGGCCAUUUGGAGCCGUUAGGUUCGCACCGACCGCCAGAAGGAAAGAUAAAGUCGAUGGAUUUUAUUCCAAGUCCUGAAGAUUUCUACAAAGAUUACGCAUCAAUAAGCCAACCAGUGAUUUUCAAGGGAGCUGCAAAAUUGUCUCCUGGAUUUAGCCUGUGGACUGAUAAUUACAUACGGAACAAGUAUGGUAGUCUAACUGUUAGAGUGGAUUAUGGUAAAAAAGAAAACAGAAACAGACCUGCUGAUGAUCUAACACUUUCUGAAUUCUUGGCAAUCUACAAUGACUCAGACAGAUACCUGGUGGAUACUCUUCCUAAAGAAAUGUGGGAUGAGUUUUUCCUUCCAAACUGCCUGUUGUGUGGGGGAUUUACUACCAGACUUCAAGAUGCAGUAAUGUGGUUCAACAGUGGAGGUUCAAAGUCUUUUCUUCACAUGGAUACUGUAGAUAAUGUUAACUGUAUGAUCAGUGGAGUAAAAGAGUGGUUCAUAGUUGACCUGGAACACAGCAAAUUAAUUGACAUGAACCAUGAAGAGGGUGAUUACUGCAGUGUUAAUGUUGAUCAAGUAGACAUGUUCAAAUAUCCUAGUCUGCAAAAUCUUCCAUGGUGGUCAGCACGUUUGGAGCCUGGGGACUGUCUUUUUAUACCAUAUGGAUGGGCUCAUCAAGUCACAUCACUGUUUCGAAACAUUGCAGUGAACAUUUGGUGGACACCGCUCAACAGAUUUAAUUCAACAGACUGUGCAGCAGUAAAUUCCAAAAAUGAAGAUUCAUCUAAGGCAAAGUUAAGCAACUUUAAGUUCACAACAGGAGAGCAUUUAAGAUUCAUGGUUCUCAAAGUAAUGAAAGAACACAAUGGAUCAAUGACAUACCAUAUGAUCAAUCCUUUAAUUGUGGGAGAACAUACUGGAGAAAGACUCAUAACAAAAGAGCGGUUUUCGUUACUUGAUACAGACCAGGAUGGUCACCUGACGGAGGAUGACGUCAUGUCCUUACCUGCCGACGUAGUAGAUGAGGCGUUCGGAAAAACGUUGCCUGGAGAGACAAAGUCCUUUUGUGGAGGAGUUCCUCCUGAGGGAUGACAAAACCCUGGAGGAUUUCAACAAUUUUCUUGGACAAUAUUCUAAACAACUGGACCCGUCUGUGAGAGACUUUAUACUGGAAAGACGUGAUGUUUUAAGAGGUCAACAGACCGAAUCACAGGGCAAACAUAAAGAAUUGUAGAUUAUUGAAUGCUAGAAUCUUUCUGUAUUUUCUUUCUUUUUCUUUUUUUUUUCUUUGUCAGGCUCAGUCAUUCCACACAGUAGCUCAGUAAAUUGAGGGACUUAUAGAUUGAUGCGGGGAAGUUUCGGUAAACGCGUGCGUACGUUGUGAAAACUUUGUCUUGUAAUCGCGCCGUGGAACAGCUGAAAUUGCCAGAGAACGAUACUUGUUUUUCUAAUCGUUGAAAUUGCUUUGGAAGUGAAGCUUACUUAUUGUCCAGACUAUUCUAUGCGCUCUCACCUCGUCAUUUUACGCGCGUCUUUUCUUGCUGUUUUACAGACGAAUAAUAGAGGGGGAGGG